AUGCGUUCGGGAUGGGAUCCAGGCCCCAUGUAUAACUACGCUAACCCGGCAUACUUUGAGGUCAGUGCCGACACGGAGUGGGGCUGCACUCUGGUGAACAAUGAACAAAUAUUGAAUAUCGAAGCACAUAAAGGAGGGUCAGUCCUGCUGCCCUGCUACUGCACUGACCUACACACCAAACCUGAGGAAUUCAGCUGGAAGAAAGACAACCCACACCGAAAAACAUGGGAAGAGAUAUCCAGUGGUCAGUACAGAGACAGAGUUAAGCUGGUUAAUGGUCACUCUCCAGGAAACCUCUCUCUACUCAUAUCACACCUGACUGAAGAGGAUACAGGAGACUACAGAUGUGCGGUUAAAGGUUCCCAUAUAAUCAUCGAACUCACUUUCAAAGCCUGCACUCUGGUGGGAAACAGUGAAACACCAUUGGAUAUCACAGCUCAUACAGGAGGGGCAGUACUGCUGCCCUGCUACUGCACUGACCAACACACCACACCUGAGACAUUCACCUGGCAGAAAUACAACAGAAACAGAUGGGAAGACAUAUUCAGUGACGGUGACCAGUACAGAGACAGAGUUCAGCUGGUUAAUGGUCACUCUCCAGGAAAUCUCUCUCUACUCAUAUCACACCUGACUGAAGAGGAUGGAGGAGGUUACUGGUGUGGUGUUAAAGGUUCCCAUAUAAUCAUCAGACUCACAGUAGAAGAACCUCCACAGUCUCUGCCCUUCGUCCCCUUUGCCUUGGUGACUGUGAUCUUUCUCCACAUUAUAGUAGCUGUGGUUUAUCACACCAAGAGGAACAAAGGCUGCACUCUGGUCAACAAUGAACAAAUACUGAAUAUCACAGCACACAAAGGAGGGUCAGUACUACUGCCCUGCUACUGCACUGACCUACACACCAAACCUGAGACAUUCAGCUGGAAGAAAGACAAGCCACACCGAAAAACAUGGGAAGAGAUAUCCAGUGAGAGUGCCUGCACUCUGGAAAAAAAGAAAAAACUGAGCAUCACAGCUCCUAUAGGAGGGUCAGUACUGCUGCCCUGCUACUGCACUGACCUACACGCCACACCUGAGAGAUUCACGUGGCAGAAAUACAACAGAACCAGGUGGGAAGUGAUAUCCAAGGAUGGAGGAAGUUACUGGUGUGGUGUUAAAGAUUCAUAUAGAAUCAUCUUACUCACAGUAAAAGACGGACCACCUAACGCUAUAGCAUCUACUGCAGUGGUCAGUGUACAGACCAGUCCAACCACUUCAACCACACAUUCAUCUCAAAAGCCUGAAGACGGACCACCUAACGCUAUAUCAUCUACUGCAGUGGUCAGUGUACAGACCAGUCCAACCACUUCAACCACACAUUCAUCUCAAAAGCCUGAAGACGGACCACCUAACGCUAUAGCAUCUACUGCAGUGGUCAGUGUACAGACCAGUCCAACCACUUCAACCACACAUUCAUCUCAAAAGCCUGAAGAGGGUCCAACUAAAACUAUAACAUCCACUGCUGUUGACAUCCAAACCAUUUCAAGCACUUCAACUGCGAAUUUCUCUAAAACACCUGAUGAUUAUUCCACUUCUUUCAUCACAAUUCCUGUUGUUCUUCUCCUGCUGGUACUAGGAGGAGUCAUCUACUGGAGAUACAGAGGACAGAGACGAGGACAGACGGAGAGCCGAGAGCAAAGAAGGAUGAAGAGAAAACAGAAAACACAGGAUGAAGUGACGUACUCUACUAUCGUCCACAGUAACACAACUAGAACAACCACAGUCACCCUCAUUGGAGAAAAGACAGAAUACGCCACCAUCAGAGUAAACUAGUAACACC